UGGGUGCCAUGCUUUGGAAACCGAAACCGGGAGUGUAAGAGCGUCCUUUGCUAGGCAUGAUGAGUGGUCUUCCGAACCUGACUCCGCUGGAGAGACGCAUUUUGGAAGUGUCAAAGCAGUUAAACUUUUGUAGUUACGAUAGCACUCCUGGACGCCUAGACACGUCGGAAAGCGAGUGUGACGAUUUGGAUAGCGACGAUUCGCCGCCGCAGUCACCAGACCGGCCUAAUGGUUUCAGAAACUGGUGCUCCUGCAAUAACUGCCGCGCUAUGCCAACACAUAUCGAGUGUCUGUGCUGUAGGGAUGUGCCAGAGGCAACUAUCAAACAACCGCAUGACUGUAUUACGCAUCACGAGGACUUCGAAAUUCUCUGCCUGAACCCAGCAGUCUUAGGUGUUGCGGCUGUAUACAUCAGAGAGCAAAUGCACGAAGAAAUGGACGCAGACAGGGGCAUCCACGAGAGGUACAGACAUAUCGCGUACCGUCAGUUUACCCAUUGGGUAUGGGGACCACUGGGCAAAGAAAACCGUAAAGUGCUACCGUCCUGUGUCGUGACACGUAUUAGAGACGAAUUUCCCUCAGAGACGUACACAGGGUUUCGUUACCCGCCGUUAUAGUAUCUGUGUAGUUUUAUGCAUCUGCUAGUAGAUAUGUAUAAAUACAAAUAUUGUAUGAAUGCAGAAUGAAGUGUGGAGAUUUGACGGUGUGUGAAAUAAAAAUGAUGCCAUCUUGA